AGUGCCCAGCUGUGUGUCCAUGAAGAGUGAUCGGUCCAUGGGUGGUAUGCCCAACUUCAGCAGUGAACCAGUUCCAUUAGGUCUAGACCCACACACACACAGACCUCCAUCUCCAGUGCCCAGCUGUGUGUCCAUGAAGAGUGAUGUGUCAUUUGGUGAUAGGCCCAACUUCAGCAGUGGACCAGUUCCAUCAGGUCUAGAGUUAAGGACUGAUCUGCAGGAUCUAGGACCCAGGAGACACUUGCACACUGGACAUAAACCAGGCAGAAAGAGGGAACUAGAUGAGGACCUGAGGAGAGUUAUAAAGAAUCACAAAGCCAGUCUGAAGAGGAGGUUUGAGAACAUCUCUGAAGGCAUCAUCAAACCAGGAGCUGAGAUACUCCUCAAUAAGAUCUACACAGAGCUCUACAUCACAGGAGGAGAGAGUGAAGGGGUGAAUAAGGAACAUGAGGUUUGGCAGGUAGAGUCAGCGUCCAGAUCUCAAUCCACAGAAGACAUACCAAUCAACUGCAACGACAUCUUCAAGCCCUUACUUGGACAGGAGAAGCACAUCAGAACUGUGAUGACCAAAGGUGUUGCUGGUAUUGGAAAAACUGUCUCAGUUCAGAAAUUCAUUCUUGAUUGGACAGAUGGGGUAGCCAAUCAGGAUAUAGAUUUUAUGUUUCCCCUUUCUUUCCGUGAGCUGAAUUUAGUCAGAGGUGAUCAGUAUAGUCUUAACAGGCUCCUGCUUGACUUCCACCCUGAGUUGAAGGAGCUGAAUGAUGAAGGAUAUAAAGACUGUCAGGUUGUGUUCAUCUUUGAUGGUUUGGAUGAGAGUCGGUUGACUCUGGACCUGGAGCAGAACAGUAAGUUGUCUGAUGUGAAGCAAACAUCAUCAGUGGAUGUUCUGAUGACGAGCCUCAUUCAGGGAACUCUGCUUCCCUCUGCACUCAUCUGGAUAACCUCAAGACCAGCUGCAGCCAGUCAGAUUCCUGAUCAGUUCAUUGACCAGGUAACAGAAGUACGAGGAUUCAAUGACCCACAGAAGGAAGAAUACUUCAGGAAGAGAAUCAGAGAUCAGAGUCAGGCCAACAGAAUCAUCUCACACAUUCAGACAUCCAGGAGUCUCCACAUUAUGUGCCACAUUCCAGUCUUUUGUUGGAUUGCAGCUACUGUACUUCAGCAGAUGCUGGAAAGGAAAAACAUCAAAGACAUUCCAAAAACGCUGACUGAGAUGUUCAUACACUUCUUGCUCAUCCAAACCACACGAAAGGAUCAGAAGUAUCAGAGUAAAUCUGAAAAAGAUACAAAGAAACUCCUAAAAUCUCAGAGGUUCAUUUUACUGAAGCUGGCAGAACUGGCUUUCAAGAAUCUAGAGAAUGGCAACCUCAUGUUUUAUGAGGAAGACCUGAGAGAGUGUGGUAUUGAUGUCAGUGAAGCUUCAGUGUACUCUGGCAUGUGCACUGAGAUCUUCAAGACAGAAACUGUGGAAUCUCAAAAGAAGAAGGUCUACUGCUUUGUGCAUCUGAGUGUCCAGGAGUUUCUGGCAGCUGUGUUUGUGUUUCACUCGUAUUUGGCUAAGAAACUUGAGGCAUUGAAAUGCUUCCUCAGUGAACAGGAAAGAGAUGAACUCAAUCCAUCAUUUUUAUCUAAUGUUGUAUCAGCAUUUGGAGGACAAACACAAGACAACUUACAUGUUUUACUUAAGAGGGCAGUUGAUAAGGCUUUGGCGAGCCAGAACGGACACCUGGAUCUCUUCCUUCGCUUCCUGAUGGGUAUUUCUGUGGAGAGAAAUCACAAACUUCUGCAAGGUCUACUGAGCAACACACACAACAGUUCUCACAGUAUUAGGGAAACAUGUCAGUACAUGAAGAAGCUGAACAGAGAAGGUCUCUCCCCUGAACGAUGCAUCAAUCUUUUCCACUGCUUAUUUGAAAUGAAUGAUGAUUCCAUGCACAAAGAAAUUCAGACAUACUUGUCUUCACCAAAGAACAUCAAACAGAAGUUAUCUCCUGCCCACUGUUCAGCACUGGCCCACAUGCUUCUGAUGUCUGAGGAUGUGCUUGAUGAGAUUGAGCUGAAGAAAUACAACACAUCAGAUGAGGGACGCAGGAGACUGCUCCCAGCUGUGAGGUGCUGCAGAAAGGCACGCCACCCUGCAUACUUCGGGUCCAUAGCCCACUCCGGGUUCCAUCCACUGCCUCUAUGUUUGGAGGAUUGCCGGGGAUCCGGCGGGGGAGGAGUUGGUGGUGGUGGUGGUGGUGGUGGUGGUGGAGGAGGCGAUGCGGAGGUUUCCUGUGAGUUCACACUGGACCCAAACACGGCACACAGACGUCUCCUUCUGUCUGAGGGGAACAGGAAGGUGAGGCGGGUGAAGAAGGAGCAGCCGUAUCCUCCCCACCCAGACAGAUUUACUGGCUAUGAACAGGUGCUGAGCAGAGAGCCUCUGACUGGACGCUGCUACUGGGAGUGGGAGAAGAGUGGGGGUGUUUAUGUGGGAGUGGCUUAUAAGAGCAUCAGCAGGAGUAAAUGGAUCGGACGCUCUCCCAAGGCCUGGAGUCUGGACUGUACCAGUGACACAUACAGACCCAGACACAAUGGAAUGUACACUGUCCUACCUGUCCCCCCCGCAGGCUCCAGGAGAGUAGGAGUGUAUGUGGAGCGUGAGGUCGGCACUCUGUCCUUCUACAGGGUCUCCUCUGAUACUCUCACACACCUGCACACCUUCACCACCACAUCCACUAGUGAGCCCCUACAUGCAGCGAUUUAUGCUUGGGCUGGUGCCUCAGUGUCUCUGAUCACAUGA